AUGGCUUCAGAAGACUCGGUUUUCGGCUCGUCACUAGACGGACUGCCGGCUUUCUUCACCAAUGGCAGCGUGGACGACACAAAAUACGAGUCACUGCUGGCCGAUCUACGCGCGCACGAUCUACUCGGGCCUGUAGAGAGCGGCGCACAGGCCAGUGAUGCAGGCGGCUCAUCGCUCUUCUUUAAUGACGCGUUCUCCGCUGUCUUUAUGGGCAACUUCCAGUCUGGAGCCACCAAAACCAGCUCCGGAUCUUCAGGCCGCGCACCACCCGGACUAGCAGCUCCUUCAGAUGAUAUCAAGUGGGCCAGAGGCCAGCAGGAAUUCUCGAAACUCGAGGAGAAAUUCCACGGUUCUACAGCUGAGAAGUCAAGCUCGGCCACUGCUGGCCGCGCUCCGCCCCCAGGUCUGAGCUUGGAACAAGACUCCGAACUGGAUGAGAGCCAAGUGCCCGGACUUAGUGGUCUGGGUCUCGAUGACGACGACUCGGUGGCCGGUAACGUGCAGCCGACUCAACAGGCCCCGCCUCCGCUUCCACAGGCUCCACCCGUUCCUGCCCCACCCAUGCCGCCCCAGAACGUUCAGCCGCCCAACGCAUGGGGUGCACCUCCAAUGGCGCCGCCCAACGCUCAGCAACUUCAACAACAACACCCUCAACAGUUCAUGCCACCCCCACCUCCCCAUAUGCAAGGCCAGCCUCCCCACCCGAUGUACAUGCAGGGCCCGCCGCAGGGGCAUCCAAUGCCGCCCCCACAAGGCAUGUACCCUGGUGGACCGCCUCCUCCCCCGCAGUUUUUCGGACGUGGCCCGCCUCCUCCGAUGCGGCCACCAUACCCUGGUCCUCCUGGUGCGUUUGGCCGCAACGGCCCACCCCACCCACCUCCGCAGAUGCACCCUCCUGCCUUCAAGAUGAUGACUCCGCGAGAUGUGAACUUUGUGAUGCAGCAACAGAUGAAGUGGCUACGCUCAAGUGACCCGUUCAGUGACGACUACUACUUCCACAACUACAUGCAGAAGCGCACACGUGCUGGCGUGCCUGGCCGCUCGUCCGUGCCGCUUCCGUCGUGGAAGCUGCAGCACGUUAAGUCCGUCGAUCCGCGCGACGUACAGCGCGAAGUCAAGUCGCGUAACUGGGAAUCGGAGUACCACGUGCUCGGCCGCAACGCCAAGAGCAGUCUGUACCGUCCUAAGCAGUUGUUGAACUUGGCCGGCACAGAUGAAACAUCUUCGCCUCCAGCUUCGUCGCCGACAAGCGCUGAAGACCCAGAGCGUACCCCCUCAAGUAACGGCGAAGGCGAGACAGAAGAUGCCGCUUCUGCGACGGCCGAGUCCAGCAGCGAAGCGGCCAGCUCGAAACAUGUGCGCGGCUCGAGUCCUGGUGCCCAGGCUGUGGCUGCAGAAGCUCAGGCCGCCAAGGUCCUGCGAAUGAGCGACGAUGCUAGUCAUAAUUCGGUGUUCGCGAACGACACUUGGAAACUGCGUCUCCAGUUGGACCGCGGUAUGCAGUGCCUGCUAUCCCUUCAGGACGCACGUCACUUGCUCGAUGCCCGUGGCAUCAACGUACAGCAGUUCCACUCGAUGAACGAGGACGAGAUGGAUCCGGCUUUGGUUGAGCUUCGUUCUCGUACUACGUCGUUGCUGUUGGAACUGGCGUCUCUUCUCGGUGUUAACGUGAUGCAGGCUGGCGAUGCGGAUAACCUAGAGGAGCUAUGCGAGCUGGUGGACGUGAACGUGCGUCAGGUGUGCGCAGAUCCAAGUGAGGAGGACAUCCGAUUGCUGUCGCAGCUUCUGUUGUAG